AAGAAAAAAAGAAAGAAAAGGUUGGCGGCAUCAAUAUCGUGCUCAUUGCUAGCGCAAUUUAGCAAGCCGUGUCAACAGCUUUUCAGAGCUCAUCCCAAUUUCUCUGAUUUUCCUUCGUCAAAGGCUAACCCGUUCUUCAGUUUCCCCAAAUCCUGUUUUCUGAUGAAUCAACAGCAACGGCACCAAUUGGAACCGGACCUUCCGGUUCCACCCCUGGCUUCUCUCCGAAUCCAACCGGGUUCACCACGAGUCCCGUUGACAACAUCCACCACUCCAACUGUUGGUGCCCAGCGUCGCAUCGCCAUCGCCGUCGAUUUAAGCGACGAGAGCGCUUACGCUGUCCGAUGGGCUGUUCAGAACUACCUUCGUCCGGGAGACGCCGUCAUACUGCUCCACGUUCGCCCAACCUCCGUCCUUUACGGAGCCGACUGGGGCUCUAUCCAACUCCAAAUCACCCCUAACUCCACAACUAAGCACGAAAAAGCCACCGCCAUCACCGCAGACCACUCUGACGAAGAGUCGCAGCAGAAGCUUGAGAACGAUUUCGACAUUUUCACGACAACAAAAGCGAACACGCUGGCGCAGCCGUUAGUGGAUGCUCAGAUUCCGUUUAAAAUCCAUAUAGUGAAAGACCAUGACAUGAAAGAGAGAUUGUGUUUGGAAGUGGAGAGGUUAGGGCUGAGUGCGGUGAUCAUGGGGAGCAGAGGGUUUGGAGCCGCUAGGAGGACAAGCAAAGGAAGGCUAGGAAGCGUUAGUGAUUAUUGCGUCCACCACUGCAUUUGUCCGGUGGUGGUGGUUCGAUACCCGGAUGAGGAGGAGAGCGGAAUAGGCGGAGCCGAGAAGGUGACGAAAAAGAAGAUUGUUGGAGAAGAUGUGGAGCUGCAGCCGGUACCGGAAGAGGAACUUGAGUAUCAUGAUGCGGAGGAGGAGCACAGAGAUGCUUGAUAUGACUUGGAGCAAUGAUAAGUACCUACAAAGUCAGGGAUGAUGCCCUUGCUCAAAUGUUGCAGCAAAGGAUGAAAAGGUGUCCAAAAUGAAGACUUUGUGGUGGCAAAGAAGCAUGAGAAUCUUGUAUGGUGGUGGACUUUUUAUGCUUUGUAUAUAUGGAUGGUAAUAGGUCUCUUGGCUUUUCUCUUUUCUGUGUACUUUCUCGUGAACUGCAUUGCCCGUUUUGGACAAUUACUGUUCAAUGCCUUUUAUAUGACGUGCAGUACUGAAUUUCUUCGUUGCGUAGUUCUAAGCCUUUUGCAGGCAUGUUACUGAUGUCGUAGGAAUACCAGAUUUUGCUGCACUUUCUUAUUAUUGCAUUUGUUUCUGACCAAUAUAGCUUUGGCGUUUUUAGUAAUUUAGCAUAAUUAUG